AUGACGGCGGUCAUGGCCUUGCGCGCCGCAAUACACAAUCUUUGCUCGAUCCCAGUCAAGGAUUUGCCCUCGACAGCUGAAUAUAUUGCUACUACUAUUAGCGAAUGCAGUGCGAUACUGUCCGUGCCUGCAAAUCAAGGUCAAUCCGCCGGUGAGCCUGACAGAGCAGUGCUCCUCCAGAAAUUGAAAGCCCGCAUCACCAGCCUGCUACAGGAUAAAACGGUUGAAGGACGCUGGACUGGCGUUAUUCUUGUGAAAGCGACUGUUGAAUCCGGGAAAUGGGAAAUCUUGCGUGGUUGCGAGUCCUGGGUUCGCCAUAUACUGGCUGUAUUGGGUAAACCGGACCCAUUGUCGUUAAAGAAACUGGGUAUUUUGUGCCUCACGCGGAUAUUCCAGCUGACGCAUGCAUAUCCGACCUUAACUCGGGAGAUCACUACGCCUACUCUACCACAGUUCAUAACAGCUUGUCUGAACAUUAUAUCCACACAAGCCGGCACCGACAAGCGAAGAACGUUGAAAUACGGAAACUCUUUAACCGAUACUGUACUGUGCUCCUUUUUAACUCUUCUUCCAAACCAUCCAACAAUUUUCCGACCUUUCUCCGGGCAGCUUCAUUCCCUUGUGUUGCCACUGGUAGCUUCGUCAAAUUCAGCAAACGUCAUUCCUCAGUCUACCAGGUGGGCUGCCCAGCAACUAUUGAUAUCGCUCCAUAACUGCGCUCCAAAGAAUACAGGGAAUGAAGAAUGGACCAAUGCCAUCCGGAGCACAAUUCUAUCUGCCCAUCGAACCACAGACCACUUAUUCAGGGCAGUAGUAGAGCAUUGGAAUUCGGUUGAUUCCACGUUAAGAUAUGGAAUUGACCGUAGACCUUCACAUGCGCCUAUUGGUAACGAUGGACUUGAUCCUCUCGGACUCCCUGCUUGGACUGGAAUACAGCAAGGAAGUGGGCGAUUAGUUGGCCUACUAGAGCUUUUGUCAAGCUUCCUUAAGUCAAAGUCGAACUCGACCGUUUCUGUACCCGUGGGUUCAAUCCUUGAUUUAACUUGCCGGUUAGGAUCGAUUUCACCUCUUUCAUUCUCUGGUGAACAUGGUGCUUCCAUCAACCCCGAGAUUGGUAGAGACGAAAGAGAGGGGCUGUUGAGCGUAAUACCUGCCAUGUAUGUUGCCGCCUUGGGCGUACUGCAGUCUCUCCUCGAGGUUUUUGGCUCUGAGAAUCCCUCAAUCGCCCGAAGCUGCCUAGAGCAGACUAUCUGGAUGUUCACGUCGUCAAAUUCCGUCCGAUCCGUUCGAGAAGCGGCGUAUAAAUGCUUUACCACGUCACUCAUGAUCCUGGGGCCGACGUUGACCAAAUCAGAUAUUGCAUCACUAGCACCAGCUCUUCAAGCCUCGUGCAGUGAUCUAGUGCCAAUAAAAGAUUCUACCACCGUUACUGAAAACACGGUUCCGAGCGGUAAGGGGAAAACAACUUCAACCGGAACCACAAAUGCAGAUGCAUUCCUACAGAACAAAGCGAAAGUACUACCUGAAAAUUAUACUAUCACCGAGUUUGGACCUCUCGCAGAAUCAGCGACUAGGGUAUUACUCACGACCCUCACAUAUGUUCAAACUGAGCAUAUUCCCUUGUCACUUCGUGCGAAGAUUGAUCGCACGUCAAUUCUCUCCGGCAACAGUGAUCUCAUGAUGACCUGUGUUCUCAAUCCGAUACCCAUGACUGAGUCUCAACGUGGACAUCCUAGUAUACUUCCCUUCCUAGCAAGAAGCCAGCCUAAUAACUUUAGGGUUGAAGGGUUACUUCGACCUCGUAUGCCUGUGAUAUUCACCGGAGUAGGCAGGAGAGGAAGGACUGAAACUGAAGAUCAUGAAAAUUACAAUGAAGUAGAGACACAUGGCGGUGACACAGAGAGUAGACCAUACCCUAACGUACGGGAGUCCCUUGCGGAAAGGUUUGGGCCCCGCCCGGCACCUGUAUCCGUUGAAAAUACCACUCUACCGAGUGACGCUGAAAUAGGGAAUAAACGAAGACACCAGGAUGAUGUUGAUAAUGCUUUUCCAGCCGGCUCACCCCAGUUCGACAAACGACCUCGGAUUCAACAUGACACACCAACGUCCUCUGAUGCUUUGCCAAGCGGACAAGUUGCACAAGCCCUUGAAGUUCUAUCAAGCUCAUUAGGCCGCUCAAAUGAUCAGGAUACUUUGAAAACGAAUGUGUUUCCAGGGCCUAGGGAAAUCAAGCAUUCCGCUCAAAACAAACCGCUAGAGCCUAGUCAACCGCCAACAGCGAUCCAGGGUAAUGAAGAAGUUUCUGCGACUGGUGCUGACAGUGAUGAUGAGAUUCCUCAGUUGAAUAUUGAAUCUGAUACUGAUGAUGACGGUGGAGACUGA